UCUUUCUUAAUGUGUUCUAGCAUCCAUGAGUAUGUUUUCUGAUUUCCUGCAGUCUUUUUUAAAGCAUUCUUCAACUACAGUUUUUGACCUUGUAGAAGAGUAUGAAAACAUCUGUAGUAGUCAGGUGAAUAUACUGAAUAAAAUAGUGAGCCGAGCAACACCUGGACUUCAGAAGUUUUCUAAAACAGCUAGUAUGCUCUGGCUUCUUCAACAGGAGAUGGUCACAUGGAGGCUGCUGGCUUCUUUGUAUAGAGACAGAAUACAGUCUGUAUUAGAAGAUGAAAAUAUGUUUGUAAUUACUGUGAGUUUUAUAUUACUUUUUCUGUAUAAAUGUUUAAAAAUUAAAAUGUUCUUUCAUAGUAGAAUUUUAUUUUUCAUCCUCCAUCUUGAGUUUUUUCAUUUUUAAAAUUUUUUAAGUAAA